AUGCAAAAAAUCAUUUUUGAAGAUGAAAAAGUUCAUCGUCGAAAAACAGAUUCUGAUCAUGCAAAUUAUCUACGAAUUAUUGGAGCUGGAUUACCACGAACAGGUACUUCAUCACUCAAAGCUGCGCUAGAACAACUCGGUUUUGGUCCUUGUCAUCAUAUGGCCGAGUUAUUUGAUAAACCUGAACGAAGUAUACUAUUCUCACGAGCACUGGAUGGACAUGAAAUUGAUUUUCAUGAAUUAAUGAAAGGCUAUGGAUCGACAGUAGAUGCUCCGACACAAAUAUUUUACAAAGAAAUUCAUAAAGCUUAUCCGAAAGCAAAAAUAAUACUUACUGUACGCGAUACCGGUGAAAAAUGGUUUGAAAGUAUGACAAAUUCGAUUGGACCGACCGCUACUGAUAUAUCCUAUUACAUAGCAGUUUAUCCUAUUCGUUUUUUACGUUUGCAAUGCAUUGUCGCCAAAAAGAUUUUUAAAAAGUGGAUGAUUGAAUAUGGUGAAAUUGGACCACGAAUUCAUGAUUUAUAUAAUGCUCGAGUAAUCAACGAAAAUAAGAAGAACGAAUUACUCGUAUUCAAUGUUAAAGAAGGAUGGCCGCCUCUAUGCAAAUUUCUGAAUGUGCCAAUUCCAACAGAUAUUCCGUUUCCAAAUGUGAACGACACCAAAUAUAUUCAACAUGCAUUUUUCAAAGCCAGACUAUUUGGAUGGAGUGCUUGGGGAUGUAUUGUCGCAGUCGGAGCCAUUAUAAUCUGUUUCUUCAUUGAACUGAUGCGUUUUUGA